AGUCCGGAACCACUCGGCGAGGGCGCUUAAUGGAUCCGCGUUCAAUGCACGUGGACGAGGUGCUCCGAAGUCGUCCCCGGGAGUGGGUUUCGGGAGCUCGGGGUCCGCGGGAGGCGGGUCAUGUGUUGCAGGACUUGAUCGAUCGCGAACAGCGUCGAGAGAUGCUCCGCGGGAGUCAUCUUCUUCAGAAUUGCGCGACCGGCACCAGCAGUUUCUUGAGAUCCUCGGGUGCAGCUGCCUCUUCGACUUACGGUAG